UAUAAUUCGUUAAAGCUGGCGCUCUCCAUAGUCGUCGUCUCUCACACGUUUUUCCUUAGCCAGAAACAUAACUUCUCCUACGUCAACUCCUCUGUCAAAUAUGGCGGCGCUAUUGAAUUGCCGGCCGGAACUUAUCUUCUUAUCUAUAUUCCCUUUCUUCUCCGUCGCUUUUUCCGACGAGCUUCAAACACUUUUAUCCAUUAAAUCCUCUUUAACAAACUCCGCAACCAAAACCAAUAUAUUCAAAAACUGGGAACCCAAUACUCCUCUUUGUAACUUCACUGGCAUUAAAUGCAGUUCCAAUGGAGCAGUCAAAGAACUCGAACUCUCAAGUCAAAGCCUAUCUGGUUUUGUCCCUUCUGAUAAAAUAUGUUCUCUUAACUCAUUGGAAAAACUCUCUUUGGGUUUCAACUCACUCUCUGGACGUGUAACCGAUGACUUGAACAAUUGUGUUAGCUUGAAUUACUUGGACGUUGGGAAUAAUGAUUUCACAGGGACUUUUCCUGAUAUAUCUUCACUUAGUAAAUUAACCCAUUUUUACGCAAAUAACAGUGGGUUUUCAGGAAAAUUUCCGUGGAAUUCUGUUGCAAAUAUGAGUAAAUUGAUUGUACUCAGCCUUGGUGAUAAUCAAUUUGAUCGAAAUCCGUUUCCGGCGGUGAUUGUGAAGCUUGAUCAAUUGAAGUGGUUGUACUUAUCGAAUUGUGGGCUUGAAGGGGAAAUUCCAGAAGGAAUUGGAAAUCUAACGGAGUUGAUAAAUUUAGAGCUGUCAAUGAAUCAUCUUACUGGUGAAAUUCCUUUGGGAAUUACAAAGCUAAUGAAAUUAUGGCAACUUGAGUUAUAUGAAAACGAGUUAACAGGGAAGUUGCCAGUUGGAUUCGGGAAUUUAACGAGUCUCGAAUAUUUUGAUGCUUCGACUAAUUACCUGUACGGUGAUUUAUCGGAAAUUCGAGAGUUAAAUAAUUUGGUAAGUUUGCAACUAUUGCAGAAUGAAUUUUCAGGGGAAGUACCAGUGGAAUUGGGAGAGUUCAAAAAACUUGUGAACGUGUCUUUGUAUACUAACAAGUUAACAGGUCAACUUCCACAGAAGUUGGGUUCUUGGGCUAAUUUUGAUUUCAUUGAUAUAUCGGAGAAUAAUUUCACUGGUCCAAUUCCACCGGAUAUGUGUAAGCAGGGGACAAUGAGAGGAUUAUUGAUACUUAGAAACAAUUUCACUGGUAAAAUUCCAGAAAGUUAUGCAAAUUGUACAACAUUGGAGCGGUUUCGAGUGAGCAAGAAUUCGCUUUCUGGUGUAAUUCCAGCUGGAAUUUGGGGGUUGCCCAAACUCCAAAUAAUUGAUGUUGCAAUGAAUAAUUUUGAAGGUUUGAUUACUUCUGCUAUUGGAAAUGCAAAAUCUUUAGGUGAAAUUUAUGUUGCUAAUAAUAAAUUUUCUGGUGAGUUGCCUUUGGAAAUUUCAAAGGCUACUUCUUUGGUGAGAAUUGAUUGUAGUAACAAUCGGUUUUCAGGUGAAAUUCCAGGGACAAUUGGUGAGCUAAAGAAACUUGGUAAUCUUUAUUUACAGAAGAACAAGUUUUCUGGUUCCAUACCAUAUUCUUUAGGCUCUUGUGUUUCAUUAAGUGAGGUUAACAUGGCUCAUAAUUCGCUUAUUGGAUCAAUUCCUGUUUCUUUGGGGUCAUUACCGACUUUAACUUCAUUAAACUUGUCGGAAAAUCAGCUCAGGGGGCAGAUUCCGACAAGUUUAUCACAUCUGAAGUUAAAUCUUCUUGAUUUUUCCAACAAUCAGUUGACUGGACCAAUACCGGAUUCUCUAUCAAUUGAUGCUUAUAAGGGUAGCUUUUCUGGAAAUGAUGGUCUUUGUAGCCAAAACAUUAAGAAUUUUCGUCGAUGUUAUGGUGAAUCUGGAAAGCCUAGAGAAUUGCACACCCUUUUGCUUUGUUUGUUGGUGGCUGUGAUUGUUGCACUCCUUUCACUUGCGGGUUUCAUGUACUUGAAGAAGAAGAACGAAAAAGUACAUGAGAGGUCUUUGAAAGAACAUUCUUGGAAUACAAAGUCAUUCCAUAUAUUGACUUUCACAGAGGAUGAGAUUCUUGAUGGAAUUAAACAUGAUAAUUUGAUUGGAAAAGGUGGUUCUGGGAGUGUAUACAGAGUGCAGCUCGCUGAUGGCACAGAUUUUGCUGUAAAGCAUAUUUGGACCUCUGAUUCAGGAGGAAGGAAAAUGUCAGGAACAACAUCACCAAUGUUGGGAAAACGUGGGAUGAAGUCGAAAGAAUUUGAGGCUGAGGUUCAAACACUGAGCUCAAUUCGACAUGUGAAUGUUGUGAAAUUGUAUUGCAGUAUAACAAGUGAGGACUCGAGCUUGUUGGUCUAUGAAUAUAUGCCAAAUGGGAGCUUGUGGGAUCGAUUGCACACUUGCAAGAAGAUGCCACUUGAUUGGGAGACGAGGUACGAGAUAGCUCUUGGUGCAGCCAAAGGAUUGGAGUAUUUGCACCAUGGUUGUGAUAAGCCAGUCAUUCACAGGGAUGUUAAGUCUAGUAAUAUCUUGUUGGAUGAGCUUUUCAAGCCAAGAAUUGCUGAUUUUGGUCUUGCUAAGAUUGCACAAGCUGAUUCAAACAAAGAUUCAACUCAUGUCAUUGCAGGAACACAUGGAUAUAUUGCUCCUGAAUAUGGAUACACGCACAAAGUGAAUGAGAAAAGUGAUGUAUAUAGUUUCGGGGUGGUGUUGAUGGAGCUAAUAUCUGGGAAAAGGCCAAUAGAACCAGAAUAUGGAGAGAAUAGCAACAUAGUAACAUGGGUGAGCAGCAAAUUGAAGAGCAAGGAGAGUGUGUUGAGCAUAGUGGAUUCAAGUAUCCCAGAAGCUUUUAAGGAAGAUGCAAUCAAAGUCUUAAGAAUUGCCAUUGUCUGCACAGAUAGGCUUCCAUCUUUAAGGCCAACAAUGAGAAAUGUAGUCAAAAUGCUGGAAGAUGCACAACCCUGCAAAUUGGUUGGGAUAAUUGUAAGCAAAGAUGAGGGUAGUAACAAGAUGGAGCAAUUGAAGGAUCACACCAAAAUAUAAUUGAAUCCCCCGUUUCGAAGAGUAUUUACCACGUUGUCUUGUUCACUCUUCAACCCGUUCUCUAUGUUUUGCUACUAAUAUUACGUGGAACGUUGUAUCUUGUAGCAGUAUGUAAAGUUUUGAUGAUGGCCUCCUGGCAUUGUAACAUAUAGUAGAAGCUAGAUUCAUAUUAGUGUAUUUAGUAGUGAAUUUAGAGAUGCAUGGCAUAAGUGCCAUAAGAUGUACUACUUGUAUGUGCUCAAUAAAAAUGUUUCAGUAAUUCAAAUCCGUUCUCAA